UCCAUUCAUAGUUUACGACUGUCAACUACGAUCCAUUCACAAUAGCCAUCGGAGGUUUUCCUUUACAUGGCUUUUCAACUGAGUUUUAUGGUGGAGAUGUACUGAUCUCACUUCCACCCCUCAUUGACCCCUCAGAUCCACUGGGAAUCGACAGCUCAGCUCGAUGAUUUGGCGCCUCCGCUCUAGCUAGCCACUCCAGGGGGUGCCAACUCACACACAGUCUUGGGCAAAGUCGCAUUCUAAUCCCAGCCAUGGCAUCCCGUCCGCAUAGCCCGGUUCCUGCUAGUCAGGUUCCAUGCAUUCCUACCCACUCCUCAUCCACUCCGACGGCUCUGCGCUGUUGCUGUGGCCGUAAUGACUGUACAUUCCUGCAGCACAAUAAUCUGGCCCUGGAGGGGUUGGAAAAGGAUCUCGCUACGGCUGCUCGAUUGGGUCAGGCUUUACUACAUCGCCAUGAAUCCUACAUGGCCGAGGCUGAGGAGGAUCGUCGUCGGUUCCUCACAAGUAUCGAGAACCUGGAACGCGAGAAACGUGAGGUGCAGGUCGAAAAUGCCCGCAUCAUCGAAGAGAACCGCGGGCUGUUAGAGCAGCUGGACGCUUUGAACAAAGCUGUUGCUGAUGCAGAUUCUCAUACCAAGUCUCUUGAAGUUAGACUAGAGCAUUCUGAAGCUGAGCUUCGCAAAGUGACGGUGUCAGCUGCCCGUGCAGCUGACCUCGACGCCCAAUUGGUUCAGAUGGAGAAUGAACAAUCUAAGCUCUAUGAGAGCCUGGAGUCAGCUGAAGAAGAGUCAAGAUCGGCGGUCCAGCGAUGGAAGAAGGCGGAAAAUACUUUAAGAGAUCUUCAUGAUCAAAUCGACCGCAUUGAGAAGGAGGCACGAGAGGAACGCGAACGCCAUACCGAAGCAGUCCAGCGUAUGGAGCGAAAACGGACCGUUGAACGGGAGCUGGAUGGUGCUGCUAGACGGCUAAAGGGAGCCGCGGCGACUCAUGACUUGGGCAGGAGUCACGGCGGAACCGUGGUGUCCCGCUUUGUCCGGGACAUAUUACAGGAUAAUGCCAAUUUACAAUUGGGAAUCGUUGAAUUGCGGGAAUUGCUAGAGAGUUCAAAUCAAGAGGUGCAGUGUCUGCGGGAUCAGAUCAUUUCACACCAGUUGGUCCCCAUGACAGAAGGCGAUGGGCAAGUACCACAACUUGCACCGACAUUGAGUCAGGAACUUGAGUCCAAGGAACCGCGUCGGGCACCGCAAGAGUUUCACAUUCACCACCAUUAUCACACGCCGGCUAUCAAAAAGGAGAGACCCGCACUUUUCCGACGUUCCAAGAACAGGCACACCUGGGGGCAUCCAAAUACUGUCCACUCUCCUUCUGGUACAAAAUUAGCUCGCAAACCUACGCACCGAUCGCAGUCUUCUCAUUCUUCUGCGUCCACUAUGAUGUCUCAGCCCCCCGUACAGAUUCCCUCGGCUUCUCAACGCUGGUCCUCGCAGUCGCCUGGAGCUGAGUCCAUAGCAAGCUCACCGCAAUCCGGGUAUCGGUCAUCGUCUAUAUUUGAUAGAGUAGAGCGUGGGUUUGAUUCCUCGCGAGCUACUAGCCCCGACAGCACAGCCUUUUCGCCAUUAAGGGUUAGUCGACGAAGAAGCAGCUUCUACGAUACUAGUUUUCGAUCUCCUGAAACGGAUAUUUCGGUCGAUCCUGUGGAUGAUAGCGUUUUCAACAAGGGUCUUGGGGAUGCGUACCAACCUGUUAUACCGGAGGAACGAGAAGACUCCGUGCAUUACGCCACUUCUGAGAGAGCCUUUUCUCCUGCGCCUGAUGAUAUCUUUGCUUCUCCUUAUCGCUCAAGGCGUAAGCAAUCGCAUGAGAGCUUGUUUUCUGUUGCAGGCAUGGACAUCCAUACUCCCAGUCGACGUCCAUCGCGGAUGGAGGAUAUCUCGAGGCCCUACUCUGCUCGCGUCCCGCGCCGUAUCUUUUCUAGUAACGAUCGGUUCUCCAACCCAGUUCUCUCAACGAGCACAGUCACCGCCAAUAGAGAGCCUUCGAGAAUUGACCAGUCUUCACAAACGCUACUUGCUUCAAUGGCUGCUAGUAGGCAUUCCGAGACAGGGUCAGCAACAAGUGGCCACUCAGACCCUACUGGGACACCUACUCGAAAAAUUUCCCUCACCCGCCGCGUAGGCGGAUGGAUGCGAGAGCAUUUGGGAAAUACACCCACAACGGCCAUUGGCGACACAAAACCUCACCAAGAACAACCAAUACCGUCGACAUCGCAGGUAUCGCCAGAUACGACACCCCCAUCCGCUGCGAAUAGAAAGCCAGGCCCCAAGGCUGACACCGUUCCGAGCCUGCGUUAUCGGUACCCUGGCGUGAACCAAACAGGCCCAAUCAUGGGUUUUCGGCCAACCUCCCGAGCCCCUUUUGCUAUUCACGCGGAGGCGAUCGAUGAGGGCCUGUUGAGGGAGACUUUGGCAGAGUGAGGCACGGAUGGUAUCAACAGUAGUGUUCUGGCCCACUGUGCACAGUUUGAUUUCUUUCUACCAUUUUCUUUCAUGCUACGGCGGGGAUGAGCUGCAUGUUCGUAUAUGGGCAGCCCUAGUGGCUUUGACACUCCUUAUCGAUUAGCGAGUACAUACUUGGCGUCUCUAUUUGCUUACAUGAUACCCCAGCGGAUAUUCAUUAUCAUCACAGACUGUUACCCUUUCCAUAUAAUGCUUUGUAUAGGAAGGCUCAAUACAGUAUAUAACAGAAUCUUUAUAAUAUCUUAAGGAUACUUGUUUGU